AUAGAAUAUGCAGUAGUUUGUACGUAAAAAAGUAUAAAAACCAAAGAAUUUUAAAUGUAGAUUUCAUAAAUUGAUUUUUAUUUUUAAUAUUUAGAUUAAAAAUAAAAUAAAAAUUAAAUUAAAAUUAAGUGCAUAAAGUGCCAUGUUCUUUAAAUAACUUGCCAUAUUUUUAUUAAUAAAAACAUGAAAUUUAUUGAAUUUGUAUUGUUAAUUUUAAUCAGUAUCAGUUGUGUUGCUAUAAUUUCUUCUGAUAAGGAUGCUGUACGAAAAUUACCAACAGUGCUGAUUUCAACAUUAAUUCGAAAUAAAGGUCAUACCCUGCCAUAUUUUUUCACUUAUUUAGAAAAAUUAAAUUAUCCAAAAGAUAGAAUAGCAUUAUGUUUUCGAUCAGAUCAUAACGAAGACAAUUCUAUUGAAUUGACACACCUUUGGCUUAAUAAAACUAGUAAAUUAUAUCAUUAUGUUAAUUUUGAAUAUGAAGAAAAUCAAAAGCGACAUAAAAAUGAAACAUCACCAACAGAUUGGCCAAAGGAUCGUUUUUCUCAUAUAAUAAAGCUUAAAGAAGAUAGCUUUGAAGAGGCCAAUAAACUUUGGGCUGAUUUCAUUUUUUUCUUAGAUGCUGAUGUUUUUCUAACAAAUCCAAAUACACUGACAGAAUUGAUUAAAUUUGAUUUACCAAUUGUAGCACCGAUGCUUAGUUCUGAAGGUUUAUAUUCGAAUUUUUGGUGUGGUAUGUCAGAAAAUUACUAUUAUUUGCGUACUGAUGAAUAUAAACAAAUUUAUGAAAAUAAAAAAAACGGAAAUUACCCAGUUCCUAUGAUACAUAGUUCUGUUUUAGUCAAUUUGAAUUAUGUAAACUCAAAUCAGUUAACUUUUGAUCGAUCGAAAUUGAUUGAGCAACAAAAAAGGAAUUUGAUAGAGAAAAUAUAUGAUGGACCUCUAGAUGAUAUAAUUAUUUUUGCAAUAUCUGCAAAUAGUUCUGGAAUUCCAAUGUACAUAAGUAAUGCUCAUCCUUAUGGUUAUAUCUUACAACCUUUAGAAAAAGAAGAUGAAAUAUUGCAGGAUUUUUAUCAAUUAGAAAAUAUAAAAUUGAAUAUCAUAACAGAUUUGGGAUAUCCUAUUACUGUGAAUGAUGAGUUCAGAAAAUUUGUGCACUACCCAGAAAAGCAUAAAUUAUCUUUGGAUCAUAUAUACAUGAUAAAUUUAGAAAGACGACCAGAAAGAAGAUCGAAAAUGGAAUUGCUUUUUAAAGAAUUAGGAUUAGAUGUAGAGUAUUUUCCAGCCAUGGACGGAAAAAAACUUAAUGUCGAUAUUGUAAAAAAGAUGGGAAUUAAUUUUUUAUCUGAGUAUGAAGAUCCGUAUCAUCAUCGAAAAAUGACUAUGGGAGAAAUAGGAUGUUUUUUAAGUCAUUAUAGAAUUUGGGAAAAAAUGGUAGAACUGGAACAUAAUGAAGUUUUAAUAUUAGAGGAUGACAUUCGUUUUGAACCAUAUUUUAAAGAUAAAGCAAUAAGCGUAUUAAAUCAAGCUAGAAAGCACGGAAAAUGGAACUUAAUUUACUUUGGUAGAAAACGCUUAGAAUCAGAAGAUGAGCCAUGGGUGGAUGGAACAAAAAAUUUAGUACAUGUUGGAUACUCGUAUUGGACUUUAGGUUAUGUUAUAAACUUAGAAGGAGCAAAGAAGCUUUUGGCUUCUAAACCUCUUGAAAAGUUACUUCCAGUUGACGAAUUUUUACCAAUAAUGUUUGGUAGACAUCCGAAUGACUCAUGGAGUUCAGCUUUUGAAAAUAAAAAUUUAGUAGCGUUUAGUUCUGCGCCACUAAUUUUAUUUCCAACUCAUUAUACUGGCGAUGUUGGUUAUAUUUCUGAUACAGAAGAUUCUCAAAUAACACCACCAGCAGACUCGCCUACCUAUGUUGAAGCAAAAUUGAAAAGCGAUAAACCGUUAGUAAGUUUAGAUGAUUACGUUAUGGAAGAUGCUCACAAGAAUGGUGAACAUAAUAACGUAUUUGCAGAUCACUUAGCAAAGUCUAUGAAACCAGACCAUUCAGAGUUGUAAAUUAAUGCAGUUUUAAAAUUCUUAAAAAACUACUAAACAAUGAAAUGCGUAGUAUACUAAUUAGAAUACUAGAAACACCAAAAUAUAAAAAUUAAAACAACAUAAUUUAGUCACAACAUAAAUUUUAUUUUUAUUAAAAAGAUUUUUUCUUGAAUUAUUCUUGAAUGUGCCUUUAAAAAUCAGUAGUAAAAAUGUUAUUAAUGUACAUACAUACAUACAUACGUAGAUUAAAUUUAAAAAUUAUUUUAGAAAAGAAUUUUAUUUUUUUUAAAUG